UUAAGGGUGGGCGUUUACUAAAUAAUUUUGAUAAAGCUGUUUCUACCUACACUUCAAAAAUAUAAUAAAUCCUAUAGCUAUGGGAAUGUUUUUAUAUUCGACGAUUUACGUAUUCAUCUGGUUUCAAAUUGCUUCUGCUCAAGUUCUGGAUACCGUGGAUCCAGUUAAAUGCUAUUCUCCUAUGUAUUGUUUGAACAGCGACGGAAGAAAUCAGCCAUCUUGGAGACAAACUUUUCCCCAGCCUCACUGCUCAAAUUCAAGCCAAGUUAGAAAAGGACUUAAGGGUGAACUUGGCACUAAAGGAGAUAAAGGAGACACUGGCAUCCAAGGAGUCGAAGGACCUCCGGGCCCAGUUGGCUUUCCAGGUGCCAAAGGAAUUCACGGCCCUAAAGGAGAACUCGGUCCUCCAGGACCUAUUGGAAUGAAAGGAUCAAACGGGAUUCCAGGCGCCAAAGGUGAAAUAGGAGCACCCGGAGUACCUGGGCCGAAAGGGGACAUGGGAGACGCUUCUGUGAUUCCAAAUUCACUUAAAGAAGUUCUGAAAGAUAUGCUGGCCGUCACUGCCGAUAUGAACCAGCGUUAUUAUGGCAAGAUAUUCAUUCCUUUAACUUCGGAAACAGGAGGGCAUGAUUAUGCGUCUAAGAAAUGUCGGGAAAUCGGUGGUAAAUUGGCCGAUAUACAAGAUAAUACGCAUAUGGACCAAAUAAUGACGUACGUAAGGAACCACAAAAUGGGAAACGAGGACCGAAAAACGUUUCAUCUUGGAAUGCAAUACAAGUCUCAACAGCUGUAUUUCAGCAACGCAACCGCAGUACCGGAGGGAAACUUCAAAUGGUGGUCAGCGUAUCCGUUUAAGGGUGACAUUCCCUACAAAAACAUGUAUUUGACGGUUAACCGUGAACCAUCAAGGGGUUUUCAAUAUCUCUCCAAUCAGAAUGUCGCCAGUGAGAAUUUUUACGCGUUGUGUGAGAUUUGAACUACUGUUCCACUUGGUACUUACGUUUUAUUUGGUAAAAAGGAAUACAGGAACGAUAAUAAACAAAUAAAUAAGAACUUGUGUGAAGGAUUGUGUAAAUUAUUUUCUUCCAAUUUAGAGCGUGUAGGGAUGAUGGGCGAUAAACUGCUCAUAGCGACACCUAGUGCCAAGUCGUUUAGCUUGGUGAUUUGUCUCGCUGUCACGCUGAUCACUUUUGGUUUUUGGGAAUUUGGUUGGAACUCUACUUUCAGCUGCAGCGAGACGUACAUCUUAGACGCAAGAUUGCGUCCAUUCCUGAAACUUUAUUCUAAUCGAAACCAAGUUAAUUUACUGUUCUAAUUCAAUCCGUAUAGUUUAUGUUAUAGUUGCCACGCGAUUUUUUUUACCUGUGUAUAAUAGAGUAUAGAUAUAUUAGAGGAUUACUCGUUACUCGUUUUUAAUCAGAGACUAACUUUGUCCUAAAGUUGUGCCCGUCCUCCAGGUCUUCUGUAUUUUGUUUAUCCGUUUGUUGUUUUUUUGUUCUAUGUCACAUUGAUCGAAUAAACUGAUUGAUUGAAUGCACAGCUGACUUUUGCAGAAGCUCAGUUUCGAAACACAUGGCUUUGACUAACUUUGUCCUUGAGUUAUGCCCGUCAUCCAGGCCC